AUGGUAGCUGAACCUGGGGGGGAGGGCCCCUCCGAGGGUCCCUCUGGUGGGCCCUCUGGGGGCCCCCGUAGCCAGUUGAAGCGGAGGAUGGCCCUUGCGCAGUAUUUGCUUUAUCAGUUGCGGCGUAGCAGGGAAGCCUAUUACCCUGAAAUCACCAAAAGAGGGGGCCACCACGGGGGGCCCCCCGCGGGGCCCCAAGAAGGGGGCACAGGGGACAGCGCUGCAGAUAUUGCAGCUGCUGGGGCAGAGAGCCUGGCAGACGCUCUAGAUCCUUCAGUGCCGGUGUCUGCGCUGCUCGACUCAAUCGUUUCCCCAUCUACUGGUGCUGCUGUUGCUGCUAGUGCAGCAGAUGCUCCAGCAAGCCCAGAUGCAGCAGCAGAAGCAGCAGCAGCAGAACUAGCAGCAGCAGCAGAACCAGCAGCAGCAGCAGAAGCUGCCUCUUGGGGGGCCUUGGCUCGUGAAACAAUUGCUGCAGCAGGCAGGCCUCCCCAUGAGGCCCUGGAGCUGUACCUGUGUGAGAGGUUGCUGCCGGUGCUGGACAGCGCCUUGGCGGCGCUGUGCAGCUUCGUUGAACAGCUGCAGGCGGACGACCGUCAGUAUGAGCAGAGCCUGCAGCAGCAGCAGCAGCAACAGGAAGUAGCGCCGGAUCAAAGGGCCCAUCCCCCUUGUCAUUACCUGGGACAGGGCCUCAAGGACCGCUUCGACCCUCUCGUGUGGCUGGCGCAAUAUUUGCUGCGCCAAGGGAAGGCAGCAGAGGAGUACGAGGAGGCUGCCUCUGCCUGCAACGCAGCAACAGCAACAACGGCAACAGGAGCAACAGCUGCAACACCAGUAGCAGCAAGGCCGUGGAUCCGGGGAGAGCACUUGCGACACUCGGAGUUGCCGUUUUAUUCGGCAGUGGCCGCCCAAGUAAGAGAAGAAAGGGGGUGGAGAGCAUUCGAAGCCCUCAGGCCCCAAGCCGAGCGCAUCGUCUACAGUUACUUUGAGGAGCUGCAGCAGCAGCAGCAGCAGGAAGGGGGUGACGACGAGGAGCCGCGUAAGAACCAGAACCAGGAGCCGCAGCAGAAGGAAGAUGAGCAGCAGCAGGAGAAGCAGCAGCAAGAGCCAUGUAGACUGACCGCAGAAGACUUGCCUGCAGCGCUGCAGGCGUUAGAUGCAGCGUGGGGUCUUGGAGAGGAGCGGGGGCUGUUUGCUGCUGUUGCUGCAGCAGAGGGGGACACCGACACAGAGUCUUCCAGCCUCCCUAGCAGCUACAGGAGCGGCAGGCUCUCCUAUAGGUUGCUGCCGGUGCAGUCGCGCAGCAGAAGCAGCAACAACGGCAGCAGCAGCAGCAUCGUGGGCGCCUGCAGCGGAGUGCCUCUGGAAGUGGCAGACAGCAGCAACAUAACCUUUGUGGAGUUGUGGGCGUUUGUCUCCUCUUGCCUGCAGGCCUGCCCCCCCCUCAGACAGGCCGUCUUCGCCUACGCACUCGAGACAGCCAGCAACAGCAGCAGCGCGGCGCGGCAACAGCAGCACCAGCAGCAUGAACAACAAAGCCAGCAACAGCAACAGAAGCAGCAGCAACAACAGGCGGAACAGCAACACGACCAGCCGGAACUGCAGCAGGGCCAACUGCAGCAAGGGCAUCAAGAGCAACAGCAGCAGGAAGCAGAGGGACGACAGCCUGUUGCGUCACUCGUGUGCAGUGAAGGAGCCAACGAUAACUCGAAGGAGGAGCAGCAGCAGCAGUAG